GAGUUGAAAAAGGAAUAAAAGAAUAAAAAUUGAUUGGAAAAAAAGGAUGGGUUGACAGUAAAAUGAAUUAUCAUCUUCAAGGCUUCUUCAAAACUCUUCCCGUCAGCCUCAGCGCCGUACGGAACCACCGUUGCUUUUCAGUCCAAUUCAGAACCAGAAUUUGUCUUGAUAAGAUAGAAAUGGAGGAAAAUUGUCUCUCUGGUGGUUCUGAGGUGGUGGUAGCUGACCCUGACAUGUUAGCAAACAAAAUCUCUGCUAUUCGGAUUGCUGGUUCUGCAAAACUCCAAGUAAUUGCAGAUUUUGAUGCCACACUAACCAAGUAUUGGGUCAAUGGUCGUCGUGGGACAAGCAGUCAUGGCCUUUUGCGACAGGUGAAUCCAGAAUAUGAUAUGAAGAGGAGGGAGUUGUAUUAUUACUAUCAUCCAUUAGAAUUUUCACCAACAAUUCCAAUUGAGGAGAAAACAAAGCUCAUGGAAGAGUGGUGGGGAAAAACACAUGCUCUUUUGAUCGAGGGAGGCGUUACAUAUGAUGCAAUAAAGCAAUCUGUUGCUGAUUCUACAAUUGCUUUUAGGGAAGGUGUUGCCGAACUACUUGAACUUUUGGAGGAAAGAGACAUUCCCGUACUUAUAUUUUCAGCUGGACUAGCAGAUAUAAUUGAAGAAGUCAUGAGGCAGAAGCUUCACAGAUCUUUCAAAAAUGUGAAGAUUGUCUCAAACCGAAUGGUAUUUGAUGAAAAUGGUUGUCUGGUAUCUUUUAAAGGGAAGACAAUUCAUACUUUAAAUAAGAAUGAACACGCUCUUGGAAUGGCUGCUCCUCUUCACAAAAAACUGGGUGAUGUAGAUGAACAAACUUCUGACAAUUCCUCAGUUAAGACGAGAACCAACGUGCUGCUUCUCGGUGAUCACCUUGGGGACCUGGGAAUGUCUGAUGGCUUGAACUAUGUGACCAGAAUUGCCGUGGGAUUUCUGAAUGAUAACGUUGAGAGCUCUCUGGAUACCUACCGCAAUGCCUUUGAUGUUGUUUACUUGAAUGAUGCACCUAUGUCCGGGGUUGUCAAACUUGUUUCUCAGCUGUGCUAAAUUUGAUGAUGUACAAAAAGGUUCAACCAACCCUAUGACCCCCAAGUGAAAUAGCUUUUUUUUUCUUCCCUUUUUUCAAUCCAAUGUGACAUUGGCGCACAGCUCAUUUCGAUGGGAACUUUGGCUUGCCCUAUCCAAUCAGAAUGUUUGGGUUAAUAUUAUUAAUAAGUAAUCUUAGUUAUAUAA